AUGCCGCCGCUCCCAGGACUGGCCGCGGGAGACCCGGAGGAGCAGCAGGGCACCGACGUCGACGAGUUCCCCGCGCACAUCGCCUUGUGCAGGGACGACACCUUGCCGGUGACCAGGUCGGUGAAGCUGCAGCCGAGCGACGCCGUGCCCGUGUCCGUCUCCAGGAAGGCCCGCUCGUCGUCCGUCAGCGGCGGCGCCCCGUACGUGUACUUCCACCACCAUGGCUCUGCUCCACUCUUCGCCGCUGCUGCUUCGGUUUGUUUGUGUGGCGACGGAGACGGCGGCGCGUCGGCCACGGGUUUGUGGAGCAGGGUAGUGCCGGUGAUCACCACCAGGCUCUGCCUCUUGGUUUCCUCCCUCGACUCGGGGUCUAGAGGCCUGAAGGAGAAGGACCUCUUCCAGGUGUCCACCAUAGCAGCUAUGGCCGGUAUCACCAGCUUCUCCACUUGCACUGACGCCAGCACCUGGUUCAUUCAUAGAGAUUGUAUCACUGACGGACAGAGUAGCGAGUGA